AUCGUAUACCACCUAUUAAUCUUCUGGACUCACAAAAAUGAAGUAAAAUGCUCCAGCAGAAAAUCAGCGAUCAAGAUGACAGUUCCGAUAAAUGGAUUUGCCAUUUUGCGAAUACAGUGGAAAGACCCGAAACUGAAGUAUUUCGUUGCAACGGAAUCAAAUGCCAAGGUGAAUUAGGCGCCCCUUCCAUGGAACAAAUCCUCUGAAAUUGAAAUGGAAAUCGAGAAUGCAUCUUGCUUUAUCAAGGCCGA